AGCGUUCUAACAAUAGAACUUUAGAAUCUUGGAAUGCGAGUGUCCUGGAAUAUUGGAAACUUAGAAGGGCGCGCUCACAAAGCCGCCGUGAUAAUAAUAAUCGCAAAGGGAGCGCGAAGGCUCUAGAAUGUUAUAAUAGAACUGAGCCGUGAACCGGCUGAGGAUCUGAGAACCGCUGGCGUCUAGAACAUCAGAGGGGGACAUCUGAGCAUUCCAGUACCCCUGCUGGGUGCUGAGGGUACAGGGGAGGUUAGAGACUGCCCCCCAGGCCCUACAAUGUCAACUCUGCCUGGAGUCGUGAGGAUCCCGGGAGAUGACAGCACUCCUGCCGGUACUGCCUCAUCUUUUCAAUUCUCCUGCCAUCUCAACACUGUCCCAUAGAUUUCCUGUGCGUUCUAGAACAUUUCAUUCCACCAGUACUUCGACGUGGCUACACUUAACUUCCUAGGUCCUCUAUAAGCAUCACCCUCUUACCACCACCGGUGGAUGCCUUCAUCUCCUCCACGACCUCUUUCCCCACCCGGUUGUCCCCUAGCCCAGACUUCCUUAUUUAUGCCCCACUGAUAGACCUCUAUUGAUCCCACCAUUCCCAGAUCUUCCUUGGGAGUAGCUCCUCCUCUCCCCUCUCAAGCUUUCUCCUUCCCUGCCAAGCCUGCCUCAAGGUCCUCCCUUCUGGGUGACAGCCUCCCACCAUGUUCCCCUGAGCCUCCAAGGAGGGGCUCAGGGGGCCCGAUGGCCUCCCGCCCCCCGCGGCCCGGAAGCCCUGUGGGCCAGGGGAAGCGCCUCGGAAGCCCUGGUGCCGAGGAUGGGCAACCGCACGUGGGAGGGCUGCCACGUGGACUCGCGCGUGGACCACCUCUUCCCGCCGUCCCUCUACAUCUUCGUCAUCGGCGUGGGGCUGCCCACCAACUGCCUGGCCCUGUGGGCCGCCUACCGCCAGGUGCGGCAGCGCAACGAGCUGGGCGUCUACCUGAUGAACCUGAGCAUCGCCGACCUGCUGUACAUCUGCACGCUGCCGCUGUGGGUGGACUACUUCCUGCACCACGACAACUGGAUCCACGGCCCCGGCUCCUGCAAGCUCUUCGGCUUCGUCUUCUACACCAACAUCUACAUCAGCAUCGCCUUCCUCUGCUGCAUCUCGGUGGACCGCUACCUGGCCGUCGCCCACCCGCUGAGGUUCGCGCGGCUGCGGCGCGUCAAGACGGCCGUGGCCGUGAGCUCCGUGGUCUGGGCCACGGAGCUGGGCGCCAACUCGGCGCCCCUGUUCCACGAUGAGCUCUUCCGAGACCGCUACAACCACACCUUCUGCUUCGAGAAGUUCCCCAUGGAGGGCUGGGUGGCCUGGAUGAACCUCUACCGGGUCUUCGUGGGCUUCCUCUUCCCCUGGGCGCUCAUGCUGCUGUCCUACCGGGGCAUCCUGCGGGCGGUGAGGGGCAGCGUGUCCACCGAGCGCCAGGAGAAGGCCAAGAUCAAGCGCCUGGCCCUCAGCCUCAUCGCCAUCGUGCUGGUCUGCUUCGCGCCCUACCACGUGCUCCUGCUGUCCCGCAGCGCCGUCUACCUGGGCCGCCCCUGGGACUGUGGCUUCGAGGAGCGCGUGUUCUCCGCCUACCACAGCUCGCUGGCCUUCACCAGCCUCAACUGUGUGGCCGACCCCAUCCUCUACUGCCUCGUCAACGAGGGAGCCCGCAGCGAUGUGGCCAAGGCCCUGCACAACCUGCUGCGCUUCCUGGCCAGUGACAAGCCCCAGGAGAUGGCCAAUGCCUCUCUCACGCUGGAGACCCCACUCACUUCCAAGAGGAGCAGCGUGGCCAAAGCCAUGGCGGCCACCUGGGCAGCAGUUCCGCCCUCCCAGGGGGACCAGGUGCAGCUGAAGGUGCUGCUGCCGGCACAGUGAACCUGCCUGGGCAGAGCCCCAUCCUCCCAUCUUUUCCCAAACCCCCUCUCCCCUAGUUCUGGUGUAUGCAAAUUGUAUGUAAAUAAGGCUGUGUUAAUAUUCAUAAAAUACAGGAAAAUAGGAAAAGAA